AUGUCUUACGCGUUGAAAAAAAAAAUAACCGCUUCAUCAAAUGAAACGAAAAGAAAAGAUUGGUUAGAAUAUGCAGAUGAUAAGUACAAUACACAUAAAAUAUCAGAGUUGAGAUCAGCGUUGGACGUUAUGUAUUUGCUAAUUCCAGUCCCGUUGUUUUAUACACUUUUUGAUCAACAAGGGUCUCGUUGGACAUUACAAGGAACACUCAUGAACGGAAAGAUAGAAUUUUUGAACUGGUCCAUCAAGCCUGAUCAAAUACAUUUAAUUAAUCCGUUGUUCGUUUUGAUAUUCAUACCACUUUUUAAUGGUGUAGUCUAUCCAAUUUUGUAUAAAAUUGGUAUAAAUACACCUUUAAAAAAAGUCACUCUAGGUGGAAUAUUUGCUGCAUCGUCGUUUGUAUGUUCUGCUGUCGUGCAGCAUAUUAUUAUUGGUCAUCCCUUAUUAUUGCCGUCAAAUGAAGGUCAAUUAAGAAUAUAUAAUAAUUUUGAUUGCCGUGUAGCUAUGUCCGGUUCUUUGGUUUCAUCGUAUUUAUUAACAUCUAAAAACAAUGAUGAGAUUGAAUUAAAAAAUUUAAACGAAUUGAGGAAAUUAAGGAGUGGAAAUUCAAAUCUAAGGAUUUCCUACAGUGAUAAUUUAUCCGGCAAAAGCAUUACAUUAAGGAAUACUAAUAAUAAAUUAUCUGAUAUUAAUAAUUUUCAAGCAGUGCUAUUAAACAAAAAUACAAACCAUGAAAUACCUGUUGGAACUUACGAUAUAUACCUAGACAAUGAACACAUUUUGAAAAAGAUAGAUUUACUACCGGCUAGUGUUAAUGAGUUAAUAUUUCACCAACGUUUUAACCAGACGAACGCCAAGUUAAUUACUUUAGAAAAUGGAAAAUAUAUACAUAUUCUAUGGCAAGUUCCUCAAACGCUUUUAAUUACAGUAGCUGAAGUAAUGAUCAUCGUUACAUUAUUGGAGUUUACGUUCACCCAAGCUCCAUUAAGUAUGAAGUCUUUUAUAUCUGCAGCCAAUUUAUGUACUCAGGCAGUUGGCAAUUUACUUAUCGUCAUUAUAUCUAAGAUGAAAUUGUUUGAGAAUCAAGUUCAUGAAUACAUAUUUUACGUAAUAUUAGUAGUAUUAGGUGUCAUAAUAUUUAUGUUGAUGAGUGCCAAGUAUAAAUAUAAAUCUGUAACAGAUAAUCAGUCUCAGAAUGAGCGAUAG